GGUCGAUACGCCUGGUCUAAUGUUCACCGCUAUGUUUAUAAACAGUUCACAGGAAGUGGCGAGUACGUUCAACAGGUAGGUUACUCUGCGUGUACGUAGUUUUAGUAGUGUUGAUAGUUGAUUUUUUGGUGUUAAAAUGGGCUUUUCGAUACCCCAAUUGAGUUCUUCGUGCUGCGGAUGCACCCUGAGAACCGGAAGUUUGAUUAUAUUGUGGAUUUUUGUGGCGGCGAGUUUAUUACAGCUCAUCGUUCCUCCUCUACUACCACCACAAGGAUCUCCUACCAACUCCACUACUCCUGCUGGAACCAACACUAGUACUCCAGCACCUUCAACAAGUGUAUCAGUAGCUCCUCUGAAUGUCUGGAAAGUAAUCGUUAGUGUAAUAAGCAUUGUCGUUGGUGCUAUUGGACUUUACGGAGUGUAUAAAGAUCUCCACGCGUAUUUACUGCCUUUUUUGGUUUGGGAGGGCGUAUUCGCAUUACAAGAAGCAAUAACCACCAUCAUUGCCAAUUUCAAUAUUGGUGUAAUUUUGGGAGAAUUGCUCGUAUUGUUGAUAUUUUUCUACUUCUGGUUGGUGGUAUUCAGUCAUUAUCGAGUCUUGAAAGGAUCAGUUCGUCCAAUCCAAGCUUGAUUUUUCACACAGAAAGUUCUCAUAUUUUCAUGUUUUCUGUUCUAUAUAUUUUUUAAACCUUGAAGCGUUUUUUUUACUAUAAUGUACCUAUAUUUUAAUGUACCUCUACUACGCUUUAUGUGAAAGCUGAUACUUCAACAUUGUCCACGAGCUGCUUACGUACUUACUUAUUUGUACAUUCGAAACCUAUUUUUUUUUUUACUUUGGUCCCAAAACGGCCAAAACUGAUAAUGAAAUAAUUUACGAGUCAGUGUCACAUACAAUCAUAAAACGUACAAUAGUUAUUAGUUAACGUCCUACAUUAAUUAUCGUGCUGUAACUGUAGUGAUAUCAGAGGUAUGCAUGAAAUAAAUAGUACGAGUAUAAUCUACAUAGAGAGAACAGUUGCUCAGCUAUUUUAAUCAAACUUUCUUAGGUACUUUAGUUAUUGUUAUAGUGUGUACUUUCAUGGAAGCAUUUAUCCGUUACAAUUUUUAUGACCUAACUUGUAGGUAGGCAAAGAAGUAUAAAAUCAAAAAUUUUAAACUAUGAAUGUCAAUUUUGUAAUAUUUUUAUACAAUAAAUUACAAUUUUUCUGUUUUUGUAA